UCAACCUUAUUCUUCAUUCUUCUUCUCCUCUAUCUUUCAUUUCUAUACUCUAUUCCCUGCUUCUUAUGGAACCAGAAUUGGCCCCUCCAUGCUCUGCCAGCUCCAUUGAAGUUGCUGAACUCGAGCAAAAUCAAGAGGCAAGACAAGAAAAUGAUGGCUGCAGGGACCAGUCUUCUGGGGGAGAAAGUUGCAAAAUUGUUGAGAGGAGUGCAGGAGGGUGGAAAAUUGCAAGCAUCUUGCUAGUGAAUCAGGCACUAGCAACACUAGCUUUCUUUGGAGUUGGAGUGAACUUGGUCUUGUUUUUGACCAGAGUUCUAGGUCAAAAUAAUGCUGAAGCUGCCAAUAAUGUCAGCAAGUGGACUGGAACAGUUUACAUGUUCUCACUGAUUGGGGCUUUCCUUAGUGAUUCUUACUGGGGUCGGUUCUUAACCUGCUCAAUCUUUCAGCUUAUCUUCGUUCUGGGAUUGGGGCUAUUGUCUUUAUCAUCAUGGCUUUUCUUGAUCAAACCAGUUGGCUGUGGUGCUGAAGAAAAACCUUGUCUUCCUCCAUCCUCGAUGGGAGUUAGCACCUUCUACUUGUCCAUAUAUCUAGUGGCAUUUGGCUAUGGAGGGCACCAACCUACCUUAGCUACAUUUGGCGCUGACCAGUAUGAUGAGAAAAAUCCUAAACAGAAGAAGUCAAAGGAAGCUUUCUUCUGUUACUUUUACUUUGCCCUCAAUGUUGGGUCCUUGUUCUCCAACACUGUAUUAGUGUACUUUGAGGAUUCAGGACACUGGACUCUGGGUUUUGUGGUUUCCCUGGCAUCUGCUGUCAUAGCUUUUUUGUCAUACUUGGUGGGAACUCCUUGGUAUAGGUAUGUGAAGGCAAGUGGUAACCCAGUGGUGAGAGUUGCUCAGGUGUUUAUGGCUGCUUAUAGGAAGUGUGGUAUUGAUUCAUCAAAGGCUGAAGAACUUUAUGAGGUUGAAGGUCCAGGAUCUGCUAUAAAAGGGAGCAGGAAGAUUCUGCACACCCAUGAAUUCAAAUUCUUGGACAAGGCCGCAACAGUCACAGAGGAAGAUGUGAAUAGGCCAAUGAAUCCAUGGAGGCUUUGCACUGUAACUCAAGUUGAAGAAGCCAAAUGUGUUCUGAGAAUGUUACCAGUUUGGCUCUGCACUAUAAUUUACUCUGUUGUGUUCACCCAAAUGGCUUCUCUUUUUGUCGAACAAGGCGAUGUCAUGAACUCCUACAUUGGAGAUUUUCACAUACCAGCAGCCAGCAUGUCUCUUUUUGAUAUCUGUAGUGUUCUAGUAUGCACUGGAAUCUAUCGCCAGAUCCUUGUUCCAUUAGCUGGAAGACUAAGUGGUAAACCUAAGGGACUAUCCGAGCUUCAACGAAUGGGGAUUGGCAUAAUUAUUGGAAUGCUAGCCAUGAUUGCAGCUGGUACCACUGAGAUUAUGAGGCUGAGACAUGUCACUCCUGGGAAGAAGAUCAGUUCCAUGAGCAUAUUUUGGCAGAUUCCACAGUAUGUCCUGGUUGGUGCUUCAGAGGUUUUCAUGUAUGUUGGUCAAUUGGAUUUCUUUAAUGGGCAAGCCCCAGAUGGAAUAAAGAGUUUUGGGAGUUCACUGUGCAUGGCUUCAAUCUCUCUUGGCAACUUUGUGAGCAGCAUGCUGGUGAACAUGGUGAUGGCAAUCACAGCAGGAGGCGACAACCCUGGGUGGAUUCCAAAUAACUUGAAUGAAGGACACAUGGAUAGGUUCUUCUUCCUCAUUGCAAUUCUUUCUGCUGUUGAUUUUGCUAUUUACUUGUUCUGUGCCAAGUGGUACAAGGGCAUCAAUGUUUCUGAAAAUGAAGAAGGAAGUAUUGAGCUCGUGGGCCAAGAGGAUGGUGAUGAUAAGGUGAUCAGCAGAGUUUGAUGUGAUUCAAAUGUUUUGAAAAUUAUUAUUCUUUUUUAUAUUUGUGUUGCAACUUGCAAGUUUCAAGGUUGGACUUUUAAAGGACGAGCCCUUUUCUCAAAAGUAGAAAGCAUGACCAUCUCAACUUUUCAAUAUAGUUGGUGGGGUGAUUGCUUUCAUCCUGUUCAUUAUUUGGAAAAACUUGGUAGAAUACUGCUGAAUUGGUUUGGCCAUUUGGUUUUUAUUCCCUGUAAAUGCUCUGAGAAUGUUAAAAAUGAGAAUAAAUUAAUAUCCAAUAUCUCAUUUCUCUCA